UAUUAAAGUCUUUUUUUUUCUUUUCCAGUUCUUUCAUUCUCACAUGGCAUUCAGAACAGCUUCUAUGCCCUCCCCAUUAUGUGAAGCUGAAGAGAGAAAAAGAGAAAAUAUCCGAUCCUUGACUAUGUGUGGCCAUGUUGGUUUUGAGAGUUUGCCUGAUCAGCUAGUCAAUAGAUCCAUUCAGCAAGGCUUCUGUUUUAAUAUUCUCUGUGUUGGGGAAACUGGCAUUGGAAAAUCCACACUGAUUAACACAUUGUUUAAUACUAAUUUUGAAGAACAUGAAGCCUCACAUUUUUGCCCAAAUGUUAGACUUAAAGCUCAGACAUAUGAACUCCAGGAAAGUAAUGUUCGGUUGAAACUGACCAUUGUGAAUACAGUGGGAUUUGGAGACCAAAUAAAUAAAGAAGAGAGCUACUUACCAAUAGUUGACUACAUAAAUGCUCAGUUUGAAGCCUAUCUCCAAGAAGAACUGAAGAUCAAGCGCUCUCUUUUCAACUACCAUGAUUCUCGCAUCCACGUGUGCCUCUACUUCAUCGCUCCAACAGGCCACUCGCUGAAGACACUUGACCUCUUAACCAUGAAGAAUCUGGACAGCAAGGUGAACAUUAUUCCAGUGAUUGCCAAAGCAGAUACAAUUUCUAAAUCCGAAUUACAGAAAUUUAAGAUCAAGCUCAUGAGUGAAUUGGUCUGCAAUGGUGUCCAGAUAUACCAGUUCCCAACAGAUGAUGAUACUAUUGCAAAAAUCAAUGCUGCAAUGAAUGAGCAUUUACCAUUUGCUGUUGUAGGAAGUAUGGAUGAGGUAAAAGUUGGAAAUAAGAUGGUCAAAGCUCGUCAGUACCCUUGGGGUAUUGUACAAGUGGAAAAUGAAAACCACUGUGACUUUGUAAAGUUGCGAGAAAUGCUCAUUUGUACAAACAUGGAGGACCUACAGGAGCAGACUCACACUAGGCACUAUGAGCUCUAUAGGCGUUGCAAACUGGAGGAAAUGGGCUUUACAGAUGUGGGCCCAGAGAAUAAGCCAGUCAGCAUGCUAGACUUUGGUGUUCAAGAGACCUAUGAAGCCAAAAGACAUGAAUUGCAUGGUGAGCGUCAGAGAAAAGAAGAAGAAAUGAAGCAGAUGUUUGUGCAGCGAGUAAAGGAGAAAGAAGCCAUAUUGAAAGAAGCCGAAAGAGAGCUGCAUGCCAAAUUUGAGCACCUUAAAAGAAUUCACCAAGAAGAAAGACUAAAACUUGAAGAAAGGAGAAGAGCUUUGGAAGAAGAAAGGAUCCAUUUUUCUAAAAGAAAAUCUAGUUGUGACAUAUUCCUGAACCAAUCCUAUAUGGCAUCGGGUAGUAACAUAAAGAAGGACAAGGACCGUAAGAAGGACCCAGGCUAUCGAUUCGAACUCCUGUGCUUUGAUGUCAGAACAUGUGAAACCAAUGAUGGACGUAAAGAUGCUGAGGAAGGUAGAGAGGGCCACAGUACAAGGGGGCGGCCAUGAGUAGCAAUUGGAUGAUAAUCUCAAGCUUGUAGGUUUUGUUCCAAUUUUAUGUAACACAGGAGUUCCAGAGCACAGAAGGUCAUCACAAGCAAAAGUAAAAAGUUAUAAGUAUGCUUUGAUUUUCUUGUUGUUUUUAUUUGCUUUUAU